AUGAUCCCGGGCCUGAUGAUGGUGCCCAUGGCACUCCAGCCGGACCUUUCAGCCCAAGAUUGUGAUGAUUGGUACAAUAACGAACAUGUUCCUAUGCGCAUGAGACUGCCAUUCUUUGAGACAGGAUAUCGGUACCGCUCGACUGAGCAACAUGAGGCACUCACUGGGACAACUACACGUCAACCGCCAGAGUGGCUCGCUCUUUACGAGGUCAACGACAUGAAACAACUCAAGGAACCGACUUAUGAGCGACUUCUGAACCCUGAUGUUCAGUCGUGGCGGGAAAGGGUGGUGAUGCAGAAAAUUUCAGCGUCGCGAAGGUACUACGACUUUGUGGCUAGCCACGGCAGGCAGGAUUCGAGUACGGGUGGCGUCAAACUCGAAGACAGCCAAAAUCUGGGCGAUGCAGCCUCGGCAUACGCGGAGACCUUGGUGGUCGUAAGAGUUCGUCUUCGAAGCGACUUGCCGGCGGCAGAGGCCGAAAAGGAAUGGGAUCGUUGGUAUGUGGAAGACCACCUCCCUCCAUUAUGCAAAGUACCUGGGUGGCAAAGAACUCGACGAUAUCGCACAUCUGUAAUUGACGACCAACCCUCUGAAGCACCGGCUGUCGGCUGCUCUGCCAUAGAAUACUUGACGUUGAACGAGUUUGCGCAUGACGCGGCAAUAGGGGGACCAGAGCAUCAGAUAGCCAUCCAAACAGAGUGGUUGACAGACGUUGUCGAAAGUAAGUGGAGGCAAUCCUACAAACUGCACUACAUUCAAAGCAAAGCUCCGCGGGAUCUCUCAGCCUUGUAUCGCUCCGCGGCUGACGAGUUUGUCAGUCCUGAUGGCAUGACUCGAACACUUUCUGGGCUUCGACCCAGAGUCGAAAGCUAUAUCGCAACUCGCGACAACAACGUCGUCCCGUACAGAUUAGAGGGUUGUGGAACUGACACCUCACCCAUCAUUGUCAUGUGUGUUUCAAUAUUUGGCACGUGGAUUUCAAUAGACGAUGUGGCCGACACUUUUCUCUCGAGGGAAGUCUUCAGGAAGGGUCGAGUCUUGCAACUAACUCUACCCUGUCGGGUGCGCAACGAGAAGAAUGCGUUGGCACAGUUCCCGGACGUGGAAGAUCUAGAAGAUUGCUUCAGUGCCUUGAUGAUCCCAAAAUGCUCUCUUCUCAUAAGUCUUGACGUCCGAGGAAUGACAGCGGAAGGCAACCAGCCGCGGGAGAUACAACACAUUUCAGCCGAGGAUAGCCACUAUGGGAUUGGCAAAUUGUGUGACAACGCACUCUUGCUCGUGGCUCGAUCUAAGAAAGCCACCGCCAAAAUGGUAGCGGACCUGGUUUCGGCCGUAUCAGAGGCAGAUAACGUCGAUGGAGUGCUCGAGAGUGUUCUUAAGGAGUUAACUACGACACCGUGA